AUGAAGGAUUGGGUGAACACGAUGCGUGAAGGCGACUCUCCCACGUUCUCUGGCCGUGCUGGUCUGAAAUACUUGGCGUCUCCGAAUUUCGUUCCGUUGACGUCACGAGUAAUUUUCCACGUUGACUUGGACUGCUUCUUCGUCUCCGUUGCCUUGAGAGACCGCCCGGACUUGAUUGGCAAGCCAGUGGCGAUCACUCAUAGCAAGGGUGUUUCUGCUGGCUUUUCGGAAUUGGCUUCCGUAAGUUACGCUGCCCGUGAUUGUGGACUUCAAAAUGGGAUGAUAGUUCGAGAUGCAAUAAAGCUGUGCCCAAACCUGGUCUGCUUACCAUACCUCUUCGACGACUAUCGUGCUAUAUCCAAGGCUAUCUACACAAUAGUUGCUCGGUACACGCUUGAAAUCAGAGCCGUCUCCUGUGAUGAAAUGUAUGUUGACUGCACAAAGUUGUUCGAUGAA